GACUUCGAGAAGAGCUCCGCAACAUUGGCGCCAGGUUUCCACCACAUCCGCCAUCAACAGAAGCUUGCGAGGAUCCAGAGAUAGCGGUUAUGCUCAAAGGGGCGGUCGAGAUCGUGGUUCUUCCGGCCUGAAUCGCUCUUCAGGUCCGCCUGGUCGAGAUCGUCCACAGGGCUUCGUGAGAAGUGAUGGAACACGACGGCCGAGAGACGAAAAUGGUGGAGCUCCAUUCAAGAGAAACUCAUCAUCGCCCGAGUAUGCGCCUCGUGGCCGCCGGGAUGAAAUUGCGACUGUGGAUCGAAGUGUGAGGGCGCGUGGCAAAGAUGGAUACCGUGGCCAACCAGGAUUUGCUGCCCGAUCUUCACGAGAGGAGGACGAUUUUCCAUCUUAUCAGCGCAAAGAUUCUAGCGAUGAGCGGUCAGAGCGCCGGCGACCACUUGGAUUUGAGCCUCGGUCUCGUAUCGAUGCCUCUGGCGAUGGAAAUUCGAGCAGAGGUACAGGGCGACGAGAGUCUGCAGGGCGCUCGCGAAGAGAUUUUGACGCAGGUCAGGAAGGAUUCCUUCCCGAACGUCGUGGACGGGUCUUUGGCGACGGGGAUCGAAGCUUUGGAGGUCGGCGUGAUAGAGACCCUGGCCCAGAACGGUCAGACUUCCCAGGCCAUCGAGAAGGAAAGUUCGAGGAAAGGCGAAAAGGGUUUGCAGGACGCCGCGACCGUGAGCCAGUGGAAGGGCGACGAGAGGUUGUGAGGCCUCAUUUCCGGAGUACCGAGUCCUCGUAUCGCAAGGACGGCGUGCCGAGCUCUGGCAACGAGCGAGCUGUCAGCGCACCAGCAGUCGAAUCCACCGAAGAGAGCGCUGGUGCGCGCAACGGUCUACUUCGCGACAUCAAGACCGCCUGCAAGCUGAUCAGAUCUAUUCAGAAAUCUGAAGCAUCAGGCGAGGAUACCAGUGAGCUCAUCAACAUGACAAUCGCAUCACUUCGGAGCGUGAACAAGCAUGUGACAUCGGGCAAAUUUCAGGAC